GCGCUGGGGCCAUGGCGGCGGAGCGGGGCGGGAAAGCAGCCCCACCGCCCCCUCUCACCGCCCGCCGCCGCGAAGAUGACAUUUUAGAUGAAGCAAGAAGGAAAGACCUUUUCACCGACACUUUCUGUAAGGUUUGCAAGGCAGUGCUGCAAUUUGAGACUCAAAGGGUGUCACACUAUAAGGGCAAAAAACAUGCUCAGAAAGUUCGUCAUUACAUCCAAAUGCAUGGUGAGAAAGAUGAGAGACAGGAGCAUUGCAAACAGAUGAAAAGAGAUUGUGUGAAUUUUCAGAUGGAUGGGAGUGGAGUAGUGGACAAAAACAACUACUGCAGUCUCUGCAACGUGAGUUUUACUUCCCCAGUUGUUGGUUUGUCUCACCGCUUGGGAAAGAUCCAUACUAAAAAGGUGAAGCAGUUAUCGGGAGACCAAGCCCAUGUGCCAGCACAGAGGAUGCAGCCUGUUUCUGCUUUACAGAAGCCAGUGGCUGAGAAACCCUUGCUGCCCUCAAAAGCUGAAGAGUCUUCAUCAACCUCCAACAUAAGGUUGAAGUUAAAUGAUGCAAACAAGUACUGUAAGCUCUGCUGUGCUCCCUUCAAUAAUCCACUUAUGGCCCAUGAGCAUUAUAAUGGUAAGAAACACCAAAGAAAUGAAGCACGGAAAAAGAUAUUGGAGGAGCUGGGAGACAAGGCCAUCCCUGGAGAACACAGCACAAAUGCUCUUGGGGUUGGUUAUUACACGUGCUUCGUAUGUAACGUCAUAGUUACAUCUAUAGAAACAUACCAGGCCCACGUGCAAGGAAAUAAGCACCGGAUUAGUUUAUGCAGAGAAACAGUGCUUGCCAAUCUCAUGAAGAAAUCAAAGAAAAGACAUGGCUCCUUUCAAGAUGAAUUAACUGAUUAUGUUAAAGUUUGGAAAGCUAGAGGUCUAAAGCCAAGAAGGUAUUUUGGAAAAGCAGAAGAGGAAGAGUUUCAAGAUAAAAACAUUGAAGGAGAAAGUGACUUCGGUGAGGUUAUAUCUUCAAACUUUAAGUGUGAACAAGGCCAGCAUUCCAGCCUUUUCUCAUCACAUACUUUUCUCAUCACCACUGGGGAAAACAAAUUGCCGAGCUGGCCACCAGCUUCUGAGCAAGCACUAGAAAAGACACCUAAUUAUGGCUAUAACAAGGGCUACUGUAAAGAAGAGCAAGCAUCUGAGGUAGAGAUAGACACCGUCAGAGAAAAAAGCUUCAGGCUAUCAGCUGUAGAAUUGAGAGACAGCUACAAACCUAUGCUUGUUGAAACUUCUACCAGCUCCUACAGAAAAGAACAGAAAUUUCAGAUAAAACAUUUUGAAGUGGAAAAAUACAUCAUUGAAGAGCUGAAGAAUGAGAAAGAAGCCACAAAGCAGAAAAGAAAGAAAAAUAGUGAAGGUGCAGAUUUUGGAAAAGAAAAUGUGAAGCAGAAGAGAAUUAAAUUUGAGAUAAACUUGGAAAAUGAAAAGAAAUCAAGACCUUAUAAAGGCAAAAGACUUAAAGAAAACUCCACUGAGAAAGAGAGCAAAAAGCACAAAAAGGAUAAAAAGAAGCCACAGAUAGAUGUCAAAAAAGAAGACGAGCUGCUUUGGGAUGAAUCUGUCUUGGAAUAUUGAUAAAGCUGUUGCUUAGCUUUAAGAAGUUGAUUCUGUUUGUAGCCUCACUUUAACAUUUUGUAUUAUACUAUCACUGUUGGUGUGGGAUUUUUUUAAGCAGUUUUUGUUCCAACCUGGAAGCGAGAAAAAGCCUAUCUUUUGAAAUUUUUGAGCAGUAGAUAGGUAUCAGUUUUUAAUCACCUUACACAUACAGCAGCUAGUGCAGUGAUGCAAGUUUGAAAGUCUGUAAUCUCUUAUGAAAUCUAACAGAAAUAAGGGUCAGUAGCUCACCAGAAUGUAUAGUUUCUUUCUAAUGUUAAUGGUGCCUGUUUAUUUCUUCUAGGAAGGUUUCUGUUAUUCUUCUAGGAAAGUACAUAAAUUCUUAAAAUAAAUAAGGGCACUACAGUGUCCCCGGCCAUGUUGUAACCGUUUCUCUCGCAGAUUUAAAAGGAGAAUUAGCAAGUCUUUUGAUUCUAGACCUUAUUUGCUA